CUGUGUUUAGCGCCAUCAGGCGUUAAGUAACGUCAGCCAUAUUUAUGCAGCUAGAUGUAGUUGAUGUAGUUUACAGGAUAACACUUACAAAUAAAAAGUUCUACAAAAGAACAAUGGCAGCACAGAGAGUGUCGGUACUUUUCCUACUUGGCACAGUAACUACCGUAUCGGCCUUUCAAAUCACCUCUGUCGAAACAAAAAUUGGAACCAUAAAUGGAAAAGUUGAAAAUGUGACCUGGUUUGGGGAGACUUUCAAGAUUCAUAAAUAUUUCGGUAUCCCUUUUGCGGAGCCUCCCGUAGGAGAGUUAAGGUUCAAAAAGCCAGUUCCGAAAUCAUCACUGAACAAGCCGCUGGAUGCAUUUAAUCACAGUCAUGCCUGUCAUCAAGUUACUAUUUAUAAACUGGGAAAUGUAUCCACCGAUGAGGACUGUUUGUAUCUUAAUAUAUAUGCACCUGAAAGACAGUCCGAAAACGAAAAGCUUGCCGUAAUGGUGUGGAUAUAUGGAGGCAGCUUCAUGCACGGGUUUUCUGAUAUAUAUGUAGCGGAUAAUUUGGCCACUUAUGGUAAUGUUAUAAUAGUAACCUUCAACUACAGAAUUUCAGUAUGGGGUUUCCUUUCUACUGGCGAUGAAUAUGCCCCUGGAAAUUAUGGUCUGUGGGACCAGCAUAUGGCUAUAAAAUGGGUGCAUGAUAAUAUCGCCGUAUUUGGGGGAGAUACAGAGAGGAUAACAGUAUUUGGCGAGUCAGCCGGCUCAGCCAGUGUGAUAUUUCAGACUCUUUAUCCAGGAAACAAAGGGCUAUUUCAACGAGCUAUUGCGCAAAGUGGUAGCAUCGGGGCUUUCUGGAGCAUAAAUAAAAAUAAUCCACAGAACGCUCAACACUUGGGCUCACUAGCAAAAUGUGAUACCAGGAAUAAUGAAGCAUUAAUUGCAUGUUUGAGAGAUGUGCCCGCGCAAAAACUUGAAGAGUUUGUUUCUGAAUUUUCAUACGGGCUUCUGACCUUUCCAUCCCCAUUCGCACCUUACAUCGAUGGCGAGUUUAUAAACUAUGACCAGGAGCACGCAUUUGACUCAGACAAUACUUUACCGAAGGAUUCUCAAGAUAUUUUUGCCGCCAUUGAUUUGAUGACAGGAGUGAUUUCAAAGGAGGGAAGCGUUUUCGUGUUACCUAUGUUUGGAGUUAUGGAUCCUGAACACUUUCUACCUAACAGGACCUUUUUCGAAGAAGAAUUAGUCCCAAUAUUUCUAAACACUUUAUAUGGCGAACCUGUACCAAGAUCUGUGCGCGCAUCUACAACUGUUGAAUAUACAAAAUGGUCAAAUCCGGACAAUGAAUAUAACAUAAGGGAUGAGUUUGUCUCUAUGUGGGGAGAUGGUACAUUUGUUGCUGGACUAUUUCGGACACUAAAUAAGCACGCAACGCUAUCAUCAAAUCUAAAUAACACAUACAUGUAUUAUUUCGACGAGGAACCUGAUUUCACAGGAGGCUUUGCCCCUAUGACUUGGUUUAAGAAACUAGGUCAUGGUGAGGAUAUUCCAUUUUUAUUUGGUUUCUUGCACUCUGGUGUAACGAAAGAAGAAUUUAACGUGAUACCCUCGCCUUGGGAGGAAACGCUUUCACGAGACUUUAUCAGACUAUGGACAAACUUUGCAAAAACAGGAAAUCCGAACUUACCUGACGACAUGAACAUUAAUUGGGUAGCGUAUACGAAAACUAGUCAACACUACCUACAUCUGUCAAGAAAUAUGACGUCAGCAAACGUCAAACAAUACUGGAACCAACGUAGAGCGAAAUUUUGGACAUCCCUUGUUCCGGAACUGAUGAAGACAACUUGUAUUUCAGCUGCCAGUUGUCAGCGUUCAUUGACUUCAGCACUAAUUUUCCUUUUUAUUCUAUUGAAAACGCUUAUGCUUUAUUAAAACAUUGGUUGAUAGAUGUUUUUAAAAAGUUAAUACUCACCAGCACAAUUUAUUUGUUGAAUUAUAUUCAGAUUAUUACUUCAUCCAUUUAUUAUUAAUAAUUUCAAUAAUUAUUGUAUUUUAAA